AAGGGCAUCCACCGCAUGGAGGCCAUGCUGUACGCGCUGGACCAGAUCAACCAGGACCCCGAGCUGCUGCCCAACAUCACGCUGGGGGCGCGCAUCCUGGACACCUGCUCGCGGGACACCUACGCGCUGGAGCAGUCGCUGACGUUCGUGCAGGCGCUCAUCCAGAAGGACACCACGGACAUACGCUGCUCCAACGGCGACAUCCCCAUCAUACGCAAGCCGGAGCGCGUGGUGGGCGUGAUCGGCGCCUCGGCCAGCUCCGUCUCCAUCAUGGUGGCCAACGUGCUGCGCCUCUUUGCGAUUCCUCAGAUCAGCUAUGCAUCCACCUCUCCGGAGCUAAGUGACCACAACCGUUAUGACUUCUUCUCCCGCGUGGUACCUCCGGAUUCCUACCAAGCCCAAACCAUGGUGGAUAUUGUCAAGGCGAUGGGGUGGAAUUACGUUUCGACGCUCGCCUCGGAGGGAAACUACGGCGAGAGUGGAGUGGAUGCUUUCAUCCAGAUUUCUCGUGAGGCAGGGGGUCUGUGCAUCGCCCAGUCGCUGAAGAUCCCGAGAGAUCCGAAACCUGGAGAGUUUGACAAGGUCAUUAAGAGGCUAAUGGAGACCUCCAACGCACGCGGAGUCAUUAUUUUUGCCAGCGAGGACGACAUCAAGCGGGUCCUGGACGCAGCCAAGAGGGCAAACCUCACGGGUCAUUUCCUGUUUGUGGGCUCGGACAGCUGGGGGACAAAGAUUGCGCCGGUCCUGGACCUGGAAGACAUGGCCGAGGGGGCGGUCACCAUCCUCCCUAAACGGGCCUCAGUCGAGGGGUUUGACCAGUACUUCAUGACCAGAUCCCUUGAAAACAACCGGAGGAACAUCUGGUUUGCCGAGUUCUGGGAAGACGAUUUCAGAUGUAAACUGACGCGGCCUGGGAUCAAAAUUGACAGCGAUAAGAAAAAAUGCACAGGUAACGAGCGGAUAGGUCGUGACUCUCCCUACGAGCAAGAAGGCAAAGUGCAGUUUGUGAUCGACGCCGUCUACGCCAUGGCCCACGCGCUGCACAACAUGCAUCAGGACCUCUGCCCGGGCUCCACGGGGGUCUGCGAGAAAAUGGACCCGGUGGAGGGACGCAUGUUGCUAAAGUACAUACGCUCCGUGAACUUCAAUGGCAGUGCAGGCACGGAGGUCCUGUUUAAUGAGAACGGUGAUGCCCCUGGACGCUAUGACAUCUUCCAGUACCAAGUCACCAACAUCUCCGCUCCCGGGUACAAGUACAUCGGCCAGUGGACCAAUAACCUGCGAAUCAAUAUGGAGGAGAUGCAGUGGUCGGGUGGCAUUCGGCAGGUGCCCGACUCGGUGUGCAGCUUCCCCUGCCAGCCGGGCGAGAGGAAGAAGAUGGUCAAGGGCGUGCCCUGCUGCUGGCACUGCGAGCUGUGUGACGGAUAUCUCUACCAGCUGGAUGAGUUCAGCUGCGAGUCGUGCCCGUUCGACAUGCGGCCCACGCCCAACCGCACCGGCUGCCGCCCCACGCCCAUCAUCAAACUGGAGUGGCACUCGCCGUGGGCCAUCAUCCCGCUCUGCUUCGCCAUCCUGGGCAUCAUCGCCACCUCCUUCGUGGUGGUCACCUUCAUCCGCUUCAACGACACGCCCAUCGUGCGGGCGGCGGGCCGCGAGCUCAGCUACGUGCUGCUGACGGGCAUCUUCCUCAUCUACCUCAUCACCUUCCUGAUGAUCGCCGAGCCCAACGUGGGCGUGUGCGCCUUCCGCCGGCUGCUGCUGGGCCUGGGCAUGGCCAUCACCUACUCGGCCAUGCUGACCAAGACCAACCGCAUCUACCGCAUCUUCGAGCAGGGCAAGAAGUCCGUCACGCCGCCCAAGUUCAUCAGCCCCACCUCCCAGCUGGCCAUCACUUUCAUACUCAUCUCUGUGCAGUUGAUAGGCGUGUUCGUGUGGUUCGGCGUGGUGCCGCCGCACAUCGCCGUGGACUACGAGGAGCUGCGGCCGCCUAACCCGGAGCUGGCGCGCGGCAUCCUGAAGUGCGACAUGUCCGACCUGUCCCUCAUCUGCUGCCUGAGCUACAGCAUCAUCCUCAUGGUCACCUGCACCGUCUACGCCGUCAAGAGCCGCGGCGUGCCCGAGACCUUCAACGAGGCCAAGCCCAUCGGCUUCACCAUGUACACCACCUGCAUCGUCUGGCUCGCCUUCGUGCCCAUCUUCUUCGGCACCGCACAGUCCACCGAGAAGAUGUAUAUUCAGACGACUACGCUGACGGUGUCCAUGAGCCUGAGUGCCUCGGUGUCGCUGGGCAUGCUCUACGUGCCCAAGGUGUACGUCAUCAUCUUCCACCCGGAGCAGAACGUCCAGAAGCGCAAGCGCAGCUUCAAGUCAGUGGUGCAGGCGGCCACCAUGUCCACGCGCCUCUCCCAGAAGUCCCAGAACGAGAAGCAGAACGGCGAGACGGCCAAAGUCGAGCCCGACAGAACGCAGUAGCCCAAGAUGGAUCCUUCUCUAUCCGCGGGCCUCGACGACAAAUAGACUUUGAGCAAGACAAUAUUGCUGCUGUAUACUGUA